CGCAAGCCUACUGUAAUCAUCACCAUCGGCAUGGCGGGUUCGGGGAAGACGACCUUUGUGCAGCGUCUUAACUCCUACUUGCACACACCGGGGGGCAAAGAACCUGAAAGACAACGCCGUGCGCCGUACCUCGUCAACCUCGAUCCAGCGGUCUCGCACACACCCUACGAAGCCAAUGUCGACAUACGCGAUACGGUAGACUAUAAUGAAGUGAUGCGGCAGUACAACCUCGGGCCUAAUGGGGGGAUCCUUACUGCCCUCAACCUGUUUACGACAAAGUUUGACCAGGUCCUGGGACUGAUGGAACGCAGGGCUGACGAGGUCGACUAUAUCGUACUGGACACCCCUGGGCAGAUCGAGAUUUUCACCUGGUCCGCCUCGGGUGCGAUCAUAACCGACGCGGUAGCAGCAUCAUUCCCCACGAUCGUAGCAUACAUAAUCGACACUCCGCGUACGACCGCCCCUGCAACAUUCAUGUCCAACAUGCUGUAUGCCUGUUCGAUAUUAUACAAGACCCGACUGCCCUUUUUGCUCGUGUUCAACAAGACUGAUGUGAGGGACUGCGGGUUUGCCGUGGAGUGGAUGCGUGAUUUCGAGAAGUUUCAGGAGGCACUUGCUAGUGGUGGCGCGCAGGAGGAAGACUCGGGAAUAGGAGGAUAUGGGCAAGGGAGGGGAGAGCCGACGUAUAUGAACAGUCUGAUGAAUUCGAUGAGCCUGGUCCUGGAUGAGUUUUACAAGCAUCUGACUGCGGUGGGUGUCUCCUCAUUAACAGGAGCAGGGAUGGACGACUUCUUCGUUGCGGUCUCCCAAGCACGAGCGGAGUACAUGCGGGACUACCUGCCCGAGCUGGCACGCCUACAGACAGAGAAGGAGAAGAAGGAAACGGAAAGACGGGAGGGAGAGAUGCAGAAAGUCAUGGCUGAUUUGAAGCUUGAUCCUGAGGGGAAAGGGAUGAGGUGGAGAGAAGAGGGCGAACUUCCGGAAGAGGAGGACGAGGAUGAGGACGAGGAAGAGGAGGAAGAGGAGAUCGAUAUGUCCCGUAGGGGAGAUAUUAUGAACCGCGCAAAGGCGGCGGGUGGCUUGAAGACUGGACCGACGAGCAAGUGGGCAAGACCUGGUUGAUAUUUCUUCCUUGAUAGUAGUGCAUAAGUAGUUUAGAAUUACAAUAUGACU